UUAGAACUUCCCCCCUCUGCAAGACGUUCACAGGUAAAAUGAACUACUGUUCUAUACAUAAAAAAUAGAUUUGAUGUGAUGAGAUUUCUUUCCAAUUUAACAUUCAUAAUGCAGACACCUUUUAUUACAACAGCUAGUUAAUUAAUGCAUGUGAAUAAAAUGACAUAUGACUCUCUAACACAACAACAAUUAAUUUUCCUAUACUCCAUUUCAAGGCAUUUAUCUUUUCUACAGAAGUAAACUUAUCAUCAGCUGUAGUUGCACAUAGUCAUGGAUUUUGAACCUGGCCAUGGAGACAACAAUGGAAACCUUAAGCCUGGUAAUAACCUUCACACAAUAGUGACCUAAAUACCUAACUACAUUUCUAAUGAAACACGGGUUGGUUGGGCAAGUUAUCUUUGUAAAUGAAUGUCAUGUAUCCUUUGUUCACCUACAUAGUUAUAUUUUCAGAGGCCUAUGAUGUGCUGUUGACUGUGCCCAAUAAUGUGUGUACCAUGUCUUGUGCUGCUACCAUGUUGUGCUACUGCCAUGUUGUGUUGCUACCAUGUUGUUUUCAUGUUGGGUUGCUACCUUACUGUGUUGUCAUGUGUUGCUGCCAUGCUAUGUUGUUGUCUUAGGUCUCUCUUUAUGUGGUGUUGUGUUGUCUCUCUUGUUGUGAUGUGUGUUUGGUCCAAUAUUUAUAUUUAUUUAUUUUUGUAAUCCCAGACCCAGUCCCCGCAGGAGGCCUUUUGCCUUUUGGCAGGUCGUCAUUGUAAAUAAUAAUUUCUUCUUAACUGACUUGCCUAGUUAAAUAAAGGUUAAAUAAAAUAAAAUAAAUGUGAAAUGUACAUAUAUUUCUUUUUAUACAAUAGAUCCUAGAUCUCUGUAUGUAUGCAAUAGUCCAAUGCAUUUAUAUAUGGCAUAUGAUGAAUGUAACUAACAAAUCUUUACAGUGAAACAGAGCUAAACAACUCUAUUGUAUUCUGGAACACAGAACCCAAACCCACCAAUCCUGAUUCAACCGAGGGUGGCAGUGGUGGCCCAGAGAGUCCCAAACCAAGUAGGCAUUCUAACUCUUUUGUAUACUGUUGUAAAGUUGACAUGAUAAGUGUAUUUCAUGUAUAUCUUAUGGCAUCUGCAUUUUACUUUAUUUAAACAUCAUAAUUGCUGUGAAAUGGAAGAAUUUGUACGUAUCUUAUUAGCAAAUCUUUGAGUAUGUAUCAAAUGCCCUAGGCCUGGACUGAUCUCUCUCUCUCCGUCUCGCUCACUCUCUAUCCUUCUCUCUCUGUUCAUUCUUCCAUUCUAGGAAAGAUUGUAGCCUUCACAGCCAAACUAAACAUCUGUGACAGCUACCCAACUCACAGCAGUAUCCUGAAGUUUGCCAACGUCCUGGUCAAUGAGGGAGAUGGCUAUAGUACUCACACAGGAAAAUUCACCUGCCCGCUAGCUGGCUUGUACCACUUCACACUGCAUAUGUCCACCUACGGACGCGCCCAGUGUAGUAUCUUAAAGAAUGGCCAGCGGGUUGUCUCAGCAUACCACACCAGCCUGCCAGACAAGUGUUGCCAGGUAGUCAGCAUUGGUAGUGUGAUUGAGCUCACUGAAAGAGACCAGGUUUGGGUUAAUCUGUGGGGACCUACAAGACAUGACAUUUUUGCUACUGAAGAUAAUGACACUGUGUUUGUUGGGUUUCUUUUGGCAUAAUAACUUCAUUGCAUAUUAAGAAGGUGUCCUGGUAUGUAUGUAUGCAGUGCCCAUUUACUUGGUUUCAACUCAUCAGUGGUGUAAUUAAAUUGCCAAUGUAUUGUAUCGGUUAACAUCAAUAACACAUUUUUUUUUUUUCUGAGAAUAAUAAACACGGGAUGACAAAAAUGAAUGUUGGGUGUUAUUUAGUCGUCCACAGCAGGGGGCGCUGCAACUAAUAAACUGCAGUCGAAUUAUAUGAUAUUUUGUGCGCGUGCGUCGUCUGUCUUGUUUUCAUCGUGGAAGCGGGAGGCAGCAACGUAGCUAACAAUCUAGAUAGCCUGAAGUUUUUAUAUUAUUCUAUUAUUUCGUAGAUUUUUAUUUGUAAACUAUUUCAAAUGGAUAUCGAGGGUGGUACAUAUGAACCAGGAUUCGUUGGGAUCCGAUUUUGUCAAGAAUGGUAUGAGCGCAUGGCUAUAAAUAAGUUAAUUUAGAAGAUGCAAAACGUUACUGUAGCUAGCUAACGUUAGAUAACGUUAUGCCAGCUAAUUUAGCUGCUACCUAAAGACUAGUAGCUAUGAAAUUGAGUCGCAAUCAUUCUUCUCUGACAGGACUAGGAUAGCCUACCUAGCUAUAAUGUUAUACAAAAUAACAAAAUUGUUCCAUUCUGUUUUAGCAACAACAUGUUGUAUCCCAAAGAAGACAAGGAGAAUCGCAUCCUGCUCUAUGCAGUAAGUGUGAUGACUGAUGUUCAUUCAUACCCAUUCCAAAUGGUUUACAGUAGUUAGCUAGUUUCAUGCACUACCGUUAUUGGUUUGGAAGUGUUUGAGCGAUCAAUUGUUGAAACAAGUAAAUGCAUGAUACAUGAAUGUAGUAGCCAUUUUUGACUCGGCUGUGUGUAUCUCAACAGUGCAGGAACUGUGACUAUCAACAAGAAGCAGACAACAGCUGCAUCUAUGUCAACAAGAUCACCCACGAAGUUGAGUAAGUGGUCCCUAUUUUCCACCACUUAUGCUCAGACACAGAAAUAUACCUCUGUCAUGGGCAAUUAGGUAAUCUCUGUCUCAUCUCUCUGUCUCUUCUCUCCUCAGUGAGCUGACACAGAUCAUUGCAGAUGUGUCCCAGGAUCCAACGCUACCCCGGACAGAGGAUCACCCCUGCCCAAAGUGAGAGUGGCCAACACUCACACAAACACACACAAACAAACCCUCUUUCUCUAUCUUCCUCCUUUAGCUCUCUGAAAUCAGGCAAUUUCUCCACACUAUUUCGAUUCACAAACAUCUCUAUCAAUUCAAAAUAAACUUCCAGAUAAAUCUAACAUUGAUCUCUUCCCUCUCUUUUCAGGUGCGGCCACAAGGAAGCAGUGUUUUUCCAGUCCCACAGUAUGAAGGCUGAGGUGCAUUACUAUUUUUCAUUAUAGAACAUCCACUGUCCCCAAAGAGUUUAGCGAGCAGGCCUUCCUAAUUGACCUGGCCCAGGUAUCCUGGAUGGAUAUAGAUCUCAUUCCGUCAGUAGAGGAUGCCUGGUUGUUCCUUAAAAGUAAUUUCCUCUCAAUCUUAAAUAAACAUGCCCCAUUCAAAAAAUACAGAACUAAGAACCGAUAUAGCCCCUGGUUCUCCUCAGACUUGACUGCCCUUGACCAGCACAAAAACAUCCUGUGGCGUACUGCAUUAGCAUCAAAUAGCCCCCGCGAUAUGCAACUUUUCAGGGAAGUUAGGAACCAAUAUACACAAGCAGUCAGGAAAGCAAAGGCAAACUUUUUCAAACAGAAAUUUGCAUCCUGUAGCACUAACUCCAAAAAGUUUUGGGACACUGUAAAGUCCAUGGAGAAUAAGAGUACUUCCUCCCAGUUGCCCACUGCACUGAGGCUAGGAAACACUAUCACCACCGAUAAAUCUACAAUAAUCGAGAAUUUCAACAAGCAUUUUGCUACAGCUGGCCAUGCUUUCCAUCUGGCUACCACUACCCCGGCCACCAACUCUGCACCCUCCGCUGAAACUUGCCCAUGCCCCCCCCGCUUCUCCUUCACACAAAUUCAGACAGCAGACGUUUUGAAAGAGCUGCAAAAUCUGGACCCCUACAAAUCAGCUGGGCUAGACAAUCUGGACCCUUUCUUUCUAAAACUAGCCGCCGAAAUUGUCGCAACCCCUAUUACUAGUCUGUUCAACCUCUCUUUCAUAACGUCUGAGAUCCCCAGAGAUUGGAAAGCUGCCGCGGUCAUCCCCCUCUUCAAAGGGGGUGACACUCUAGAUCCAAACUGCUACAGACCUAUAUCCAUCCUGCCCUGCCUUUCGAAAGUAUUUGAAAGCCAAGUUAACAAACAGAUCACCGACCAUUUCGAAUACCACCGUACCUUCUCCGCUAUGCAAUCCGGUUUCCGAGCUGGUCAUGGGUGCACUUCAGCCACGCUCAAGGUCCUAAACGAUAUUAUAACCGUGAUUGAUAAUAGACAGUACUGUGCAGCCGUCUUCAUCGACCUGGCCAAGGCUUUCGACUCUGUCAACCACCGCAUUCUUAUUGGCAGACUAAAUAGCCUUGGUUUCUCAAAUGACUGCCUCGCCUGGUUCACCAACUACUUCUCAGAUAGAGUUCAGUGUGUCAAAUCGGAGGGCCUGUUGUCUGGACCUAUGGAAGUCUCUAUGGGGGUGCCACAGGGUUCAAUUCUUGGGCCGACACUUUUCUCCGUGUAUAUCAAUGAUGUCGCUCUUGCUGCUGGUGACUCUCAGAUCCACCUCUACGCAGACGACACCAUUUUGUAUACAUCUGGCCCUUCAUUGGACACUGUGUUAACAAACCUCCAAACGAGCUUCAAUGCCAUACAACACUCCUUCAGUAGCCUCCAACUGCUCUUAAACACUAGUAAAACUAAAUGCAUGCUUUUCAAUCGAACGCUGCUGGCACCCGCCCACCCGACUAGAAUCACCACUCUUGACGGGUCUGACCUAGAGUAUGUGGACAACUACAAAUACCUAGGUGUCUGGUUAGACUGUAAACUCUCCUUCCAGACUCACAUAAAGAAUCUCCAAUCCAAAGUUAAAUCUAGAAUCGGCUUCCUAUUUCGCAACAAAGCCUCCUUCACUCAUGCUGCCAAACAUGCCCUCGUAAAACUGACUAUCCUACCGAUCCUUGACUUCGGCGAUGUCAUUUACAAAAUAGCCUCCAACACACACAAAUUGGAUGUAGUCUAUCACAGUGCCAUCCGUUUUGUCUCCAAAGCCCCAUACGCUACCCACCACUGUGACCUGUACGCUCUUGUUGGCUGGUCCGCACUACAUGUUCGUCGUCAAACCCACUGGCUCCAGGCCAUCUAUAAAUCACUGCUAGGCAAAUCCCCGCCUUAUCUUAGCUCAUUGAUCACCAUAGCAGCACCCACCCGUAGUCUGCGCUCCAGCAGGUAUAUCUCACUGGUCAUUCCCAAAGCCAACACCUCCUUUGGCCGCCAUUCCUUCCAGUUCUCUGCUGCCAAUGACUGGAACGAAUUGCAAAAAUCUCUGAAGCUGGAGACUCUUAUCUCCCUCACUAACUUUAAGCAUCAGUUGUCAGAGCACCUUACCGAUCACUGCACCUGUACACAGCCCAUCUGAAAUUAGCCCACCCAACUACCUCAUCCCUAUAUUGUUAUUUAUUUUGCUCUUUUGCACCCCAGUAUCUCUAUUUGCACAUAAUCUCUUGCACAUCUAGCAUUCCAGUGUUAAUACUAUUGUAAUUAUUUUGCACUAUAGCCUAUUUAUUGCCUUACCUCCAUAACUUGCUACAUUUGCACACACUGUAUAUAUAUUUUCUGUUGUAUUUUUGACUUUAUGUUUUUUACCCCAUAUGUAACUCUGUGUUGUUUUUAUCGCACUGCUUUGCUUUAUCUUGGCCAGGUCGCAGUUGUAAAUGAGAACUUGUUCUCAACUGGCUUACCUGGUUAAAUAAAGGUGAAAUAAAUAAAUAAAUAAAAAAGAGUUGCUGAAUUUAGAAAUACUAGAGUUCUAAAGAUUUUCUAUGUAGGAUGCCAUGAGGCUGUACUAUGUCUGCACGGCCCCUCACUGUGGACACCGCUGGACGGAGUGAGGAGGAGGAGAAGGAAGAGGAGGUCUGAUGUAUGCAUCCACAGUCUCUGCUGUCACCCAACAGGCCACAAUGUCUCACUGGGGUUCACUGUGGCUUAAAUCAGAAUGACUGAUGGCUGAUUCAGAGGGGUUGGGUUAAAUGCGGAAGACACAUUUCAGUUGAAUGCAUUCAGUUGUACAAUUGAAUACGUAUCCCCCUUUUCCUUAUGUGGGUCUAAAAUACCCUGCCAAAUCGAAAACUUUAUUUAACAGGAAUACUAACUUUUUGUGUUCGUUCUUCAUCAUCUUGUUGGAGUGUAGGUUGAGGAACUGCUAAGAUUUGUAUGGACCACUUAAAUCCCAUUUAUUACCUUGUUGUGGAGGAACACCUAACUGUUGGGACAAUUGUGUUAAUAAUGUAUUAAAUCUAGUACUUUUUACAGGUAUUUGCCUUGUUUGUUUUUUUAGAAC